AUGUACCUCCAAAAGAAGUUCUUGAACUUCAACAUAACAGGGCUUCUGGGGUCAGGAAGUUAUGGGGAUGUAGUUUCAGCUACUGACAACAUAACUGGCAUGAGAGUGGCAAUGAAGUUUAUCAGAAAGGAUGUAGAUCGAUGGAAACACAGCCUUGAGUUAAAGAUCCAGCGUCUUCUGAAUCAUAGGAGUGUAUGCAAACUUUAUGGACAUGUUAAUACAUCGAGGAAUCUAGUACUAGUUCUAGAGCUGGCAAGGGGAAUUGAUCUUCAUAAGUAUAUCAGAAGAAAUGGGAGACUUGAGGAGGGCUAUGCCCGAACCUUAUUUGUUCAGAUGCUACAUGGAGUAGAUUAUCUACACACACAUUCUAUUGUCCACCGGGAUCUAAAGUUAGAAAACAUUAUUGUUGAUGGAGAGACUGUUAAGAUAUGUGACUUUGGCCUUUCCACAUUCUAUGAUAGGUCUUCUGUACUCAGGGACUAUUGUGGAACCCCUCAGUGUGCACCUCCAGAAAUCAUGAGGGGGAUUCCAUAUGUUGGACCAGAGAUUGAUAUCUGGUGUUUAGGAAUAAUCCUCUAUGCAAUGGUCCACGGGAGGCUGCCAUUUGAGGAAGAGGAGAUAGGUCUCUCUAGCAGACAUGCAAUUAUAUCGAGAAUGAGUGUUGAUGAGUCUCUAUCGAAUGAGCUAAAGGACCUGAUAAGAAGGAUCAUUGAGCCUGAUAAGUCCAUAAGAAUAGAGAUGGACGAUUUAAUGAGGCAUCCUUGGGUAAACGUCACAAGGGAAGACUAUAGAAAAAGCAUAGUAUUCAUUGAUGACAACGUCGUUGAGAGCUUAGUUGGAAUGGGAUUCAAAAAAGAAGAUGUUCUUAGGAACAUUCCUAACAAGAACUCCAAGGAAUAUUCGGCCUACUGCCUAGUCAGUAAAGACCCAUUAUCAUUGUCAAGACAUCAGGUGGUGCCUGGGAAUAUUCGGCAGUGCCAUCCCUAUAACAUUGUCGACCUCAACUUCUUGAUCGAUGAAGAGACAAUUUCGAAUCACCAAAGGAGGAUGUGGAAGCAUGAGAUACUUCGUAGAAUGAGUCCUGUGAGAAAUGGAUGUCUUCUAUCCUUACUGUGGGGCAAAAGAAAGAUGUAUCUUGUGAAAAGAGAUAUAAAUCUAAACCUGAAGAUGUCCAAGUCUCUUAUUGAGCACUCUUUGGCUACAUUUCCAAAGAUAACAUUUAGAAAGAAGUCUAGAUAUGUUGUCCACCACACUAGUGGCUUGGUGGUAAGCAUCGAACUUACUGAGAAGUUUCCAUUCACUGUAUGCACAUUUAUACUCACAGGAGGAAACAAGAUAGAGUUUGUUAACUUUGUGGUGGAUUUUAUUAGAUUUUCUAACCAAGAGAACAAAGAAGCAUGUAUCUGGGCGUAA